GCCGUCUUCAGUAUCAGUUCAAGCCCCGAAGCGUAUAGCACACACGGUAGCGGAACCUGCGAAAUAUCUUAUCAAGAUGUUAAAAUCUUAUCAGCUACUUUUAAGCAUAGUAUUGCUGUUUGCAUUUUUUAACAUUGGGACAAAUUCAUUCGUACGACGUGCGAAUGUAACGAUUACAAGCCCAGUAUGGAAAAGAUAUAAUAACACUAGGCCUUAUUACGGAGCAUACAAUGGAAGUCGACCUAUACAGCCCGUGCAGAGCAGUCCACAAUAUGCAGCACCUUACCAAGGAGCAGUUCAACAGCCAAACAUAGGUUUCAGUAACAUUCUUUUCGGCUCUGGUGCUCCCAUCCAAUCCAAUACUAAUUAUGGAAUUAACGCUCAGCCGUACUACCGUAACAGUACUACUCAUGGAGGCUUUAACUACACCAAAAGUGCUCAAGCCAACAAUACUUAUCCAUACGCAAGGCUUUUCAAGUUCUGGUAGACUUCUGUAUAUUCCAACAUUGAAGUAAAGAAACAUUUUAAAUGAGAACAA